AUGAUGGGGGGGAUACCCGUACCGUUCAUCCAGUAUUUGAUCUUAACCGUGAUAGUCGCCUAUAUUUUAUGUGUUCAGAACUGCCAAGCUCUAUCCAACGUCAACUCAAGAAGAUUAUGCGACAUAAAUCAUCCGAAUCCAAUUGACGAUAAAGAUUCCAAUCUGAAUUUCCAUGAUCCAAUUGUAUCUAGGGGCUCCUUCUUUGCCAUCACAGCAGCCUCUACGGCAACGGCAGUUGUUAGUACUCCCCUUAUCGCAAAAGCUCUAACAUCAGAAGCGGUCGGUACUGUAUCAGAAUCGACAAUAGGCGACGAAGUAAUCUCCUUCUCGUCGACUGCAACCAAUAUUGCUGCUGCAGCAUCAAAAGGGUUAUCUACCAGACAAAGUAUUGCCGAAUUUGUAGCCGGUGCCGCCUUGGGAGCAGUGAAAACGACUGUCAAAUAUCCUCUAGACUCUGCGACCGUACGGUUACAAAUGCCCAAUUCUGAGUAUUCUGUCAAGGAGCUGGGCAAACUAUUCAGUGGAAGUUAUGAUGGCAUUACGCUUUCGUUACUCAGCAAUAUUCCAGCCGGGGCUAUUUUCUUUGCUGCCAAAGAUGCUGUAAAGACGUCACUGAAAAGUUCCACAUCUUUCGAAUCGUCCCCGAAAUGGGUUACCACCUCAAUAGGCGUCCUGGUGGCACUCUUGCCGUACUGGGUAGUGAGGAAUCCUAGUGAAGUUAUCAAGGUUCGACAGCAGGCAGGAAUCGAAGGAUAUGGCGGGGAAGUGAAUGCUUUGGAGGCGAUUCAACGAACUCUGCAAAACAGCACAUCCCCUGACGGGAACGGGAUAUCAGAAUUGUACACUGGGUACUUUGAAAACUAUGCGUAUUCCUGCCCUGCCGAUAUCAUCAAAUUUGUAGGCUAUGAGGCAAUAACACAAGGGAGAAAGAAUCUCUCACCGAUAGAAGGCGCAGGGGCGGGUGCCUUGGCCACUGCAUGUGCUCAACUGGUGACGACACCAUUAGAUGUAGUACGAAACAGAUUGAUGGCCGGAAAGAAUAAAACAAACAAAACAUCAUCGUCCGAUAUAGACCAGGAUACGGGGAACUACUUGGACGCACUGACGACACUUGCUAGGGAAGAGGGCAUCAGCGGUUUGUUUGCUGGAGCAGCCCCAAGGGUUGGGAAGGCUAUUUUGAGUGGUGCGAUACAGUUCGCAACGUAUGAAGAAACAAAGCAGACCAUCUCGAAGAUGCUUCAAAGAUAA